AUGGCAGAUAUGUCAAUACCUUUACAUUCACUGCAAUUCAACAGUAUGCUGAGGGAGGAAAAUGUGGACCCCCAAAACAUGGGGACAACUUUCGCUAGACCAAUGACAGAGAAUAGAGCAGAGGUCCAAAUUCUGCCUUCUCAUGUACAGUUGUCUAUAGUCUCACCUUCAGCCUCAGACCCAGGGACAUCCACACAAAUGUCCCCAGACUUUGACACAAUGUCCACACUUCUAAUGGGAGCAACAAACACUGGAGAAUCGUCCUCACCACCAGUGCCAACCUCAGACUCUGAAACACUGUCUCCACUGCCAAUGCCAGAGUUAGAUUCUGGAACAUUGUCCCCACUGCUAAUGCCAGCCUCGGAUUCUAGGACACCAUCCCCAGUGCUAAUGCCUGCCUCAGACUCUGGAGCAUUGUCCCCAUUGUUGUCCAUUUCAGACUAUGGGUUAAUGUCUCCAGGAAUGUCAACAAUUCCUGACAUUGGGACAAUGUCUGCUGCGAUAAUGUCCACAGAUUCUGCAGAGCUAUUACAAUCGGCAGUUACAACUUCAUCAUUUGGAGAAACGUCUACACCUAUAAUGAGCACUUCAGCUUCUGAAGCAAUGUCUGCACCAUUAAUGCUUGCCCCAGAUCCUGGAGAGAUGUCCGCACUCCCAAUUCCAGCUAUGGAUCCUGGAGUCAUAUCCACAGAACCAACAACAAUUCCAUGCUCUGAAGAAAUGUCCCCAUUGCAAAUUACAGAUGAAGAUGCUGAAGCAAUGUCCAAAGUACUAAUGACUGCCCUAGCCUCUGGAGAUUUAUCCUCACUGCUCAUGUCAGGCACAGACUCUGAAGCAAUAUCCUCCCUGAUAAUGUCAGCCUUAGCUUUUGGAGAAACAUCAGCACAGUCAGCAAACCCCCAAGACUCUGAGGGAAUGUCUGGCUUACUCAUGUCAGGCUUAGGCUGUGGAGACAUGUCUUCACUACUAACGUCAGCUUCAGGAUCUGAAUCAAUGUCCCCAGCACUGCUGUCCAUCCCAGAGGCUGGGCAAGCAUCCACAUUAACAAAGCCAGCCCCAGACACUGAGGCAGUAUCUCUACUGCUACCGACAGACCUAACCUCUACAGAAAUGCACACCCAAAUGAUACCUGCGCCAAGCUGUGAAGGGAUGUCCACACAGCUAAUACAAAAUCUAGACCCUGUAAUCAUGUCUACUGCACCAGUGAGAGAAACAGUCCCUCCAGUGAUGUCCAUACUGCCAGUGACAACUUCAUAUGCAGGAACAGUAUCUACACCACUAAUAAGAACACAAGCCUCUAGAAAUGUGGCUACAGGGCAAAACACAGUCUCAGCCUCUGCAACAAUGGCCACACCACUAAUGCCAGUCACAAACUCUGGAGAGAUGUUCACUGAGAAAAUGUCAACUACAGCUUCUAGAGUGAUGUCAACACAGUCUAUGACUGAAACUUCUGGAACAAUGCCCAUAGAUUUUAUGAAGUCAACAGUCAGUGGAGCAAUGCCCAUGCAGCAAAUACAAGCCCAAGAUUCUGGCUUGAUGUUCACACAACCAGUGGCAGCCACAACAUCUGAAACAUUGUCUAUGCCACAACUGAUGGUCUCAGCCUUUGUACCAGUGUCCACACAGCAAAGCAGAACCCCUGUCUCUGGGGGAGUAUCUGUAUCACAAAUGAGAACCACAGACUUAGGAUUGACAUCUGCACAACAAAUGAGAGCCACAGCCUCUGAAGCAAUGUCCAUUCCACUAAUAACAGCCCAAACCUCUGGCUCAGUGUCCCCAUUGUUAAUGAGAGACACAGCUUUGGGAGUGAUAUCCAUGCCACAAAUGAGUGCUCCAGCUUCUGGAACAUUGUCCAAGCCACUAAUGAUAUCCAAACCUUCUGGAACAGUGUUUAUGCAGCAAAUGACAACUUCAGCUUCUAGAGAAAUGUCUUCAGUGCUAAUGAGGGAUGCAACGUCUGGCGCUCUAUCCUUGCCACAAAUGACAGACACAGCCUCAGAAGGGUUGUCCACACUGCUAACAAGAGCCACAGCCUCUGGAGUAAUGUCCACACCGCAAACAGCUGCUACAGUAUCUGGAGAUAUGGUCAUGCCUCUAUUGAGAGCCUCAGGCUCUGAAGGAAUUUCCCCAUCACUAACGGGAGCCACAGACUCUGGGGAGAUGCCCUAUCAGCCAACGAGCACCCAAGCUUCUGGAGAGAUAUCCACAUCACUCAUGAGAUCUGUGAUCUCUGGAGGGACACAGAUGAGGUCCUGUGCUUCUGGAUUGAUGCCCACACCACAAGCACGAGCCCCAGAUUCCAGAGAGUUGUCACCAUUGCUCAAAAAGGCCUCAUCAUCUGGAGAGAGAUCUCUUCCCCUGAGAGUCCUGGCUCCUACAGAAACAGGGACUCCUCCAAGAGUCCCAGUUUAUGAAACAAUAUCUGUUCCACAAGUCACAGCCACAGCCUCUGCAACAACGUCCAUGGCACAGAUGAAGGCUUCAGUCCCUGGAGCAAUGUCCACACCACUAAUGACAUUUACAGCACCCAAAGGGAUGUUGACAUCUCAAGUGACAUCCACAGCUUCUGGAGGGAUGCCUUUGCCACCAAUGAGAGCCCCAGCCUCUACAGUGAAGUCCACACCUCAAAUGGUCCCAAUGCAAGUUCCAGCCUCUGGGGUGAUAUCCCCACCAAAAGGUAGAGCACCGGCCUCUGGAACUAUGUUCAUACCACUAAGGACUGUCACAGACUGUGGAGCUGUGUCUGCAGAGCUAGUGAGAGCUCCAGCCUCUGGAAAGAUGCCUACUGCAAAAACGACAGUCAUGGCCUCUGGAGGGAUGUCCAACCCAUUAAUGAAAACCAUACCCUCUGGAACAAUGCCCAUGCCUUUGAUGUCAGCCAUUGUUUCUGGAGAGACGUCUAAGCCAGUGAUGAAAACCAUGGCCCCUGGAGCAAUGCCAACAGUGAAAACCAAAGUCGUAAGCUAUAGAUCUGUGUCCUUGCCACAAAAGAAGAACAGAGCUUCUGCAGGAAUAACUAAGUCACCAAGGACAGUAUCAACUUCUGCAACAAUGUCUACACCACUAAUGAGCUCCACUGCCUCUAGAGGUACAACCGUGCCACAAAUGACCUCUGGAGUGAUGUCCACAUCACUCACGAGGGCCCCAGACCCUGGAGCCAUGACCACACCACAAACAGCCUUUAGAAUAAUGCCUACCUUGGAAAGCAAAGCCACAGACUCAGGAGAGGCAUGUACCUCACAUAUUAACAUAAAGGAUUCUGGAUCGAGGGCUAUACCAUGCAUGACUGCCAGAAGCUCUGAACCAACAAACCCACCACCAAAGGAAGGGUCAUCCUUUGGAAUGUUGACUCCAGGACUUUGUUACCUCUUAGAGCAGCAGGAGGCAGUCCGAGCUUCAUGCUCAGGGGAGGAGAAGAUGGACAUUGAUGAGGAGAAGCAAAUGAGGAGAUUUUUGGAUGAUUCAGAGAAAAUGGCAUUUCUGGUGUCACUUCAUCUAGGUGCAGCAGAGAGAUGGUCCAUCUUGCAGAUGGAAGUGGGAAACUCUGUCUCAGAUGAAAAUAAAUCAUUCAUGAGAAGAGCACAAGGUUUAUAUGACUCCCUAUCUGAAGUAGACACCCUCAGUUCCAUUCUUUGCCAUCCCAAGCAGGGCAAGAAGUCAGUCAGGCAGUAUGCCACUGACUUCCUGCUGCUGGCCCGGCAUUUGUCUUGGUCUGAUGCCAUUCUACAGGCCAGGUUUUUGGAGGGACUUUCAGAAGCUGUUACAACCAAAAUGGGUCAGGUCUUCCUGAACGUGGCUGGUAGCCUAAAAGAACUGAUAGACAGAGCACUCUACAUAGAAUGCCAGCUGGCAAAGGAAAUGGGCUCCUCAAGCAAAUCAAGCCAGGUUCUGCCAACAACAGCCUGCAAGCGGAAUAACGAGGAUGCCAUGGAGAAUGAACUGAGCUCUCAGCAGAAGACUGAGGAGUAUCAUCAUGUUCCCAAACGCUGUUACUACCUGAAAGAGCACAGAGAUCCCCAAAAGGAUCUUUACAACCACCUUCGACAGAGCAGAGACCAUCGGAAGACCUCCAACAACAAGUAA